AAGGAACGAAUCAGAUUAUCGUUGUCUGCAAAGCAUCGCUCAGACACUCGUAUUUUUCCGUGUCUCAGGCGGGAAGGAAACACUCCGGGAAGAUUCAACGAAAUCCAGCAGGUCAAGGAAGCCGAGGCGUCGGGGGAGAGCGAUGAAGGUGGUGGUGACGGGCGGCGGGGGGUACGUGGGCUACCACGUGGGCUGGGCCAUCGCUCGCGGGGGCCACGAGGUCGUCCUGCUCGACGUGGCUGCCCCCGACCCCGAGUGGGCGACGACGGCUCCAGAGGCGCUCCACGAUGCUCUGCCUGACGAUUUCUGGACGGGCGAAGUCACCGAAGGGUCACUGGAACACGUGAAGUGUGACGUCACUGACCUGACCUCCCUUACCCGACGGAUGAAGGGAGCGGCUGCAGUGAUUCACACGGCAUCCUACGGAGUGUCCGGGAAGGAGCAGCUGAGUCCUCAUUUCGAUGAGCAAGAGAAGGUCAACGUUGGAGGAACAAGAGCGGUUCUAAGUGCGGCGCUGGCCACGGGGGUGAGAGCGCUGGUCUACACAUCCACCUACAACGUGGUCUUCGGAGGGGAAGCAAUGCGGGCGGGGGAUGAAAGCGCGCCCAUAUUUCCUCUUCACGCCCACGCAGACCAUUAUUCCAGGACCAAAGCCAUCGCCGAGAUGUUGGUCCUGAUGGCGAACGGGCGAGCCAGCGCCUCGGGUUCCUCGCCCUCCGCCGCCGGCCCCCAGCUUCCCGUGCCUUUCAGGACCUGCUCGCUGCGGCUCAACGGCGUCAUGGGCCUGGGGGAGCGGCGCCACUCCAGGAGGGUCAUCGAAGCCUUCAGAUCCGGCCUCCUUAUUUUCACCUAUGGAAGGAAGGAUGCCAUCGUCGAUUUUGUCGGGAUACAGAACGUGGUCCAGGCGCACGUGAAGGCCAUGAUGGCUCUUCUCCGCGAGCAGACAGCGGCUCCCAGCGAAGCCUCGCCCGGUCCUCCCUCAGUGCCCUGUGACCCUCUAUCUCCUCCUUGUUCCUCCUCGAGCGUCUCCGGCCACGCCUUCUUCAUCAGCGACGGAAGGCCUGUCAACCACUUCGAGUACUUCCGGCCUUGGUUCGACGGGCUAGGCCACGCCUUCCCCGGCCUCAGCCUCCCGUUCGCCUUCAUCCUCGUCUUCGCUUACCUGCAGGAGUUCGUCUACCGCCUCGUUUACUGGAUGUUUCCCUUUCACGCCCUUCGUCACGCCCGCGGAGGCCUAUAAGUCUGGCAUUGCUCACUAUUUCAGCUGCAGAAAGGCAGAGGUGAUGUUUGGUUAUAGGCCUACGCGACCGAAUGACCAAACGCAGGCAGUGGAGUAUUAUGUCAGGAAAGGUUAUUCUAGGUCCAAUUCAAAGGGCAUUUCGACAU